CGUCCCCGGAAGAGGUGGCAGAAGGAGGAGGAGGAGGAGGAGCAGGAGGAAGAAGAGGAGGAGGAGGAGGAGGAGGCGGGUGUCCGGGCAGCGGCCUCCCCCGGCCCGUAGCCCCCCGUCAGGGCAGGAGGAUGGUGCAGAGCCCGCCCCGCCGCCGCCGCUGAGCUCCGGGCCUCCGCCCGCCCGGCCCGGGGGCCGCUUCUUCCUCACCCCGACCCCUCCGGGCGCCGGUGAACAAUCAGAAUAAUGUUCAACAUAAACCUGUUGGAGAACCUGAAGGUUUACGUCAGCAGCCGACCUCCGCUUGUGGUCUUUAUGAUCAGCGUAAGCGCUAUGGCAAUAGCUUUUCUGACACUGGGCUAUUUCUUUAAAAUCAAGGAGAUCAAGUCACCAGAGAUGACAGAGGACUGGAAUACUUUCCUCCUGAGGUUUAAUGAUUUGGACUUCUGUAUAUCUGAGAAUGAAACCCUAAAGCAUCUCAUCAAUGAUACCACAACUCCAGAAAGUACCGUGACCAGCGGCCAGGCGAGAUCUUCUACACAGUCUCCACAGACUCUUGAGGACUCUGGUCCUAUAAACAUCUCUGUUACAAUCACGUUGACGCUGGACCCACUCAGACCAUUUGGCGGAUAUUCCCGCAAUGUCACACAUCUAAGUUCCACAAUUUUUGGACACCAAAUCGGACUCUCAGGCAGAGAAUCCCACGAGGAGAUAAACAUUACGUUCACCCUGCCGACUGCCUGGAAUUCAGAUGACUGCGUUCUUCAUGGUCACUGCGAGCAGGUCGUAUUCACAACCUGCAUGACUGUGACAGCAGCCAGCAACGUGUUUCCUGUCACAGUUCAGCCACCACAUUGCGUUCCUGAAACGUACAGCAAUGCCACACUUUGGUACAAGAUCUUUACCACAGCAAGGGACUCUAAUACAAAAUAUGCACAAGAUUAUAACCCUUUCUGGUGUUACAAAGGAGCAAUUGGAAAAGUGUACCACGCUUUAAAUCCCAAACUAACUGUUAUAGUUCCAGAUGAUGAUCGCUCUCUAAUAAACCUGCAUCUCAUGCAUACCAGUUACUUUCUUUUUGUGAUGGUGAUUACAAUGUUCUGCUAUGCAGUUAUUAAAGGCAGACCAAGCAAACUGAGGCAAAGCAAUACAGAAUUCUGCUCUGAAAAGGUUGUUUUGUCAGAAGCAUAAUCCAUCCUCUUCUUUUACUGAGAAUGACUGAGAACCGUAAUCAUUGCCUGCUGAACCCAGAAUGGGUCUUAACACUCUGUGAAUACAUUAUCUUGCAAUGUUGGUUUAUUCCAACCAAAGACAUUUCAAGUGCCUGUAAUUGAUUUGUACAUAUUUAUAAAAGUAUAUUCAGAAUAGGUCAGAUGAUGCACUUGUUCCGCAUUGUAGUGCGGCCAGAAACUUUCAGUCUUUACCUGUGGACAUAGCCGAAUGUUUGUGUAGAUAUGUUUAGUGAUAUGGCUACAUAUAGUCAGAGCAAGAUAUUUUUGUCUAGCUGCAUCUGGGCAGGUUAAGAUGCCUUUGCAAAUGUCUCAAACAAAACAAUGACUCUUUGUUUUUUGCCCAAUGAUAUGUACAGUGUGUUUGAAACAGUAUGCACCUUUGAUAUAAUACUGCAUUUCCAGAGCCACCAAUCUACUACAUGAAUUAAAUGUGUAUUUGUGUGGCCUGAUACCUUCUUCCAUUUGCUCCUUGCUUGCAAGAAAAGAUAUGAACAUUUUUAGAUAUUUUUUUUGAAAAAAAGAAAUACAUAUACACAUUUUAAUAGUGCUGUAUUUAGGACAAACUUGUGCUUUUAAUCAUAGUAAAAACUUAAGAAGUGAAGUCCCAUUUUAAAAUCUUUCUUAUUGAAAACUGCUAAGUUUGAUUAUUUUUUUUUCCAUUUGGCCUGCUGAAUGCCAGAGAAUCAGUCAGCAUAGAGACUACCUGGAAAGCUUUCUACUUAGCCUCCCAUCUGCAGUCCUCAGACCCAGAAUAUGCAUCUCCGCUGCAGAGCAGCUUUCUGUAAACAUUUUUUUCUAGAAAGUGAAACUUGGUUAAAAGAUGCAUUGUAUUAACUGUCUGUUGGGGCUCUGCACAGCCUUGGGCAAGUGCAAAUAAUGAAAGAGAAAGAAAUCCCAUAGUCUGUUACCAACUCUCACUUUGGGACUCUAUCCAUCUCUGAAGGGCAGCUGAAAAUGACACUUUAUUAGCUUAGUCCAAUUUCAAUUUAAUGCUGUGCACUCGGGGGAAGAUGAUGAGGAGUGAACUAGUACUUGCGAUUAAGGUCAGAGAGACCACACAGUAAAAUUCAUACUGUUCUCUGUGUCCAUUCUUAAAUCAGAGGAGUUUUUGUGAUGUGCAUUUUUCCCUUUCUCAUUCUGGCUUUUGCUGUUUCUUUCCAGCUUGUUAUUUGGUAACCUCCUUAAUUUUCAGGAGUCUGGAUUUUCCUGCAGACAUUUCCACCACUGCUUUUAAAAUCUCACUGAUUGCCUUAAUUGAUCUUUCAUCUUGUCUUCGUAGAACCAUAGAACGGGGUGGGUUGGAAGGAACAUUAAGGAUCAUCUAGUUCCAACCCUCCUGCCAUGGGCAGGGACACCUCCCACUAGACCAGGUUGCUCAAAGCCCCGUUGGGCAACCUGUUCCAGUGCCUCACCACCCUCCUAGUGAAGAGGUUCUUCCGGUUCUUCCUUCUAUCUAAUCUAAGUCUACCCUCUUUCAGUUUAAAGCCAUUGCUCCUUGUCCUAUCACUACAAGCCCUUAUAAAUAGACCCUCUCCAACUUUCUUGCAGGCCCCUUUUAAGUACUGGAAGGCCACUAGAAGGUCCCCCUUCUCUUCUCCAGGCUAAACAACCCCAGCUGUCUCAACCUGUCUUCACAGAAGUGCUCCAGCCCUGUGAUCAUCUUUGUGGCCGUCCUCUGGAGUUGCCUUAACAGCUCCAUGUCCUUCUUAUGUUGGGGCCCCCAGAGCUGAAUGCUGUACUGCAGGUGGGGUACAGGGGGGAGAAUCACCUCCCUUGCCCUGCUGGCCAUGCUGCUUUUGAUGUAGCCUGGAAUACAGUAGACUUUCUGAGCUGAAAGACCACCACACCAGGUCAUGUUGAGCUUCUCAUCCACCAGCACCCCCAAGUCCUUCUCAGGACUGCUUUCAAUCUGUUCUCCACCCAGCCUGUGUUUCUGCUUGGGAUUGUCCCAUCCCAGAUGCAGGACAUUGCGCUUGGCCUUGUUGAACUUUAUGGCGUUUGCACAGGCCCACCUCUCAGGCCUGUCCAGCCAGGUUCCUCUGGAUGGCAUCCCUUCCCUCCAGCAUGUCGACCACACCACAUGGCUUGGUGUCACUGAUGAACAUGCUGGGGGUGCACUCGAUCCCCCUGUCCACAACAGAGAUGUUAAACAGCACCAGUCCCAGAACCAAUGCCUGAGGAACACUGCUUGUCAGGGUUCUCCACGUGGAUGUUGAGCCGUGGACCACAGCUCUUUGAGUGCAACCAUCCAGCCAAUUCCUUACCAACCGAGCUGUCCAUCCAUCAAAUCCACAUCUCCAAUUUAGAGACAGUAUCAUGGAGGACAGUGUCACCUAUCCACCAACGCUGUAACCCUCUUGUAGAAGGCCUCCAGAUUUGUCAGGCACAAUCUGCCCUUAGUGAAGCUAUGUUGGCUUCACCAAUCACCUCUGUUUUCCACGUGCCUUAGGAGGGUUUCGAGGAGGAUCUGCUCCAUGAUCUUGCCGGGCACGAGAGGUGAGGCUGACUGGACUGCAUUUCCCCGGGUCUUCUUUUUUCCCUGUUCAAAAAUGAGGGUUAUGUUUCUCUCUUCCAGUCAGUGGGAAUGUCACUGGACUGCCACAGCUUCUCAAAUAUCAUGGACAGUGGCUUAGCAACUUCAUCUGCCCGUUCCCUCAAGGCCCACAGUUGCGUCUCAUCAGGUCCCAUGGGCCUGUGCACCUUCAGGUUCCUUAGCUGGUUUCAGGCCCGGUCCUCUCCUACAGAGGGUGGUUCCUCGUUCUCCCAGUCCCUGCCUUGGCCUCCUGCAAUUUGGGUGGUGUGCCAGUGGUCUCUUGUUUGUGAAGGCAGGCAAAAAAGUCAUUGAGUUCCUCAGCCUUCUCUAUAUCCCAGGUAAUCGGGUCUCUCAUUUCCUUAGAGAAACCUUUUAGUGCUGACGUACCUAUAGAAGCUUUUCUUACCCUUGAUGUCCCUGGCCAGAUGUAAUUCUAUCAGGGCUUUGGCUUUCCUGACUUGAUCCCCAGCUGCCUGGACAAUUUCGCUAUAUUCCUUCCAGGCUACCUGUCCUUGCUUCCACUCCCUCUAGUCUGCUUGAGUUUGUCCAGAAGUAACUUGUUCAUCCAUGAAGGCCUCCUGCCCGACUUCCUCCUGAGCUUGGAGGAGGCGAUCCUUGAAUCGCCUUGAUCCUUGGCUCCUAUAUCUCUUGGGGAAGGAAGUUUUCAUCAACACAUUUGUGUAACAUCCUAGGUUGCUUGUGCCCUGCUGUGCUGUCCCUCCAACAGAUAAUGGGGUGGUUAAAGUUCCCCUGUGAGGAUCAGAGCUUGUGGAUGUGAGGCUGCUCCUGUCCAUCUACAGAGGGGCCUCAUCCACUUGGUCUUCCCAGUUGGGUGGCCUGUAGCAGACCCCCACUACAGUGCCACCUGUCCCUGCCUGCCCUUUAAACCUGGCCCCUCAACUUUCUGUGGCUCCUCAUCCAUCCCCACGCAGAGCUCCAUACACUCCAGCUGGUCACCAACACAGAGGGUGAUUCUUCCUGCUCGUCUCCCCCUGCCUAUCCUUCCUAAAGAGCCUCUAUCUUCCCAUCCCAACACUCCAGCCAUGGGGGCCAUCAGGCUGCUCCUGGCUAAAUUGCUGGUGUCCCUAUGAAACAACAGCAGCAGAUAAUAGCCAGGGGGCUGUAUGAGGCAUGCUAGUUUCUUGGUGACAUCUCUGAUACAAGCCCACAGUAAGCAGCACACCUCCAUAGCGUGUCAGGUUGGCAGAUGGGUGCCUCUAUACCUCAGAGAGUCACCUACUAUCUCCCAUUGCCUUUUCUUAGCCAUGCUGGUUGUUAUAUGGGGAACACAUCUGGCUGCCUUGCUCAGCUCCAGCAUCUCUCCUGAUGUGAUGGGUCUCUCCCCUUCAGUCUGUGGAGCAGUAAAGCGGUUCUGCAAGGGCACCUCAGCCUUUGGGGGAAGCCUUUUCCUCCUGCUGGUCCUUGCUGCUGCAAGCUUCCAUCCUUCCACAUUAUUGGCCCCUCUCCCUUCUGUACGUGCCCGUGGGGGAAUCUUUGGCUGUUUGGCUGUGGGUCCACUGCAGGCUGCGCUUGGAACCAGUUAUCUAACUCCAUCUCGGCCUCCCUAAUGUCACACGGCCUUCUCACCUCCUCCUGCAGCUCAGCCACCUGCUGCAGGAGGUCCUCCACCUGGGCACACCUUUUGCAGGUAGGUCUGCAGCCCACACAUAUGCUUUUCUCUCUUUCUUUGGUAAAUAUUGCUCUAAAGUACACAAAACAAGAAAACCCAAGUAAGGUCUUACAGUCUCAAUUAUGCUGGCAUAAGAUUCUUAGUUUAUUACACAUAGACACUACUGGGAUUGGUACCCUACUGGUUCGUGGGUCUGUAUCUAUAGGACUUCAGUAUUCAGCAAGUUCACAACUCUUCAGAGCAUUUGAAGCAAAUAACCAUGCUUUUCUUCAGAACGUAUUUCCAUUCCAGAGUUUCGGUUACUUAAAUGGUGUUAACUAACAUGCAUUUUUCUCCAGGGAUGUUAAGGUAAAGUUUGAGAGAUGGCCUAGUUUGGAGUCUAGGGAUAAAAUGAAGCUUCCGUUUUUUCUCCUGAUGCUGCUAUGGGCUAAUACUGCUUCACUGAUGUGAGUCAGUGAAGUAACACAGGUAGACAGCUUCUCCUGAAAAUUGUCUGAGCUGUUCCUAAUUAAUUCAUGCAUACCCAGCCUUCUGCAUUGAUACUGACUUCGAGAGUUGCCUACGAGGGUGGCUUGAUCUCGGGACCAAAGGCAGGAAGAGGAAACUGAUUGGGGUGGUGUUGCAAAUUCUGGAAAUACCUAUAAAAACCACAAUGCGACUCCUUUAAAAAAGCAAACCCAUAUCCUUUCUGUUUCAGCAACCUAAAGAUCCACCUCCAAAUGUCCUAUUUACGAAUUGGUCUGGUGGGGAAAACAGAUAUUUUUUUUUUUAAAUCAGUUUUGCUAUUUGGUAAUUAGAGGAGCCUGCUUUGCAAUUUGUCACCCACUGCAUUGAAAUACAGAGAAAUGCUAAGAUUGUGACCAACAAAAGCAAAAGGGAAAAUGUUAGAGAAAUGUAUUUUUGGCCUUAGCUUAUCCCUUUGCACCCAUGUAUUGCAGCAGAGAGCUAAGUGUGUCCAUCAGGUUGAAAUGCUGUAAUACUGAGGAAUAUUGGAUUGUUCCUAGGCGCAAUGUACAAAAGUUAAAUGCAGCCAAACAGAAGAGUAAAAACUUAAUAUUAAAGUUCAGAUCAUAUUGAUCUUUCCUUUUUUGUUUUCUUUUUCUUUUUAACUAUGACUUGAAUCAGUUUUGAUUCUAUUUGUACGUGUUUUCUUGUUCUUAGAAAGCUGCCAUUUUCUUUUGCAUUUUUCUUUGGCAUUACGUAGAAAAUCUGAGCCUUGGUUUUCAACCCUCUGCAGGUGAUUGUAGGGUUAAGAUGGCUUCUUUUGUUUUGUUUUGUUCUUACAUUUCACUUGUCUUGUUGCAUGAUGGUUAAUAGCUGAUUUGGAAAUGACAUUUCUCUCCUAGAUUAAUUUUGUGUUUGUAAGAUGUGCAUAUUGCUUUGCAGAAUAAAACUGAUGAAGUUUA